UCCAUGGAGGAAGGUGAAGAGAAAGAGAAGGAAAGAUGGGCUCAAAGGAGGAGCAUCAUGACAUUGUCAUAGUGGGUGGAGGAAUCUGUGGUCUUGCCACUGCCUUAGCUCUUCACCGGAAAGGAAUAAACAGUCUCGUUCUAGAGAAAUUCGACACCCUACGGGCUUCAGGGGCAGCAAUUGGUGUUUACAUCAAUGGUUGGCAUGCACUUGACCAACUUGGGGUUGGUAUGGAAUUACGCAGAAAAGCUAUACCUCUAACAGAGAUACGAGAUACGUGGCUCCACAAGAACAAGAUGCAAGUAACUUCAUGCAG